AUGGGGGCGCGCGAAUGGCCUGCCCUGCUGCUUCUGGUGUCCUUGCUGCUGCUUCCUCUGGGCCUCCCGGUCCUGGGCGCCCCCCAACGCCUCAUCUGUGACAGCCGAGUUUUGGAGAGGUACAUCCUGGAGGCCAGGGAGGCCGAAAAUGCCACGAUGGGCUGUGCCGAAGGCUGCAGCUUCAGUGAGAAUAUCACCGUCCCAGACACCAAAGUUAACUUCUAUGCCUGGAAGAGGAUGGAGGUCGCGCAGCAGGCUGUGGAAGUCUGGCAGGGCCUGGUCCUGCUCUCUGAAGCCAUCCUGCAGGGCCAGGCCCUGUUGGCCAACUCCUCCCAGCCAUCUGAGGUCCUGCAGCUGCAUGUGGACAAAGCUGUUAGCGGCCUGCGCAGCCUCACCUCCCUGCUUCGGGCGCUGGGAGCCCAGAAGGAAGCCAUCCCCCUUCCAGAUGCAGCCUCCUCCUCCGCCGCCCCACUCCGAACAUUCACUGUUGAUACUUUGUGCAAACUUUUCCGAAUCUACUCCAAUUUCCUGCGGGGAAAGCUGACGCUGUACACAGGGGAGGCCUGCAGGAGAGGGGACAGGUGACCAGGUGCUCCCACCCUGGGCACAUCCACCACCUCGCUCACCACCACUGCCUGUGCCAUGCCUUCUGCACCUCCACUCCCAACCCCUGUCCAGGGGUGAUCAGCUAAGCGCCAGCCUGUCCCAUGGACACUCCAGGGCUAACAGUGACAUCUCACGGGCUAGAGGAACUGUCCAGAGCUCAACUCAGAUCUAAGGAUGUCACAGGGCCAGCCUGAGGCCCCAAAGAAGGAGGAAUUCAGAGAUCAACUUAAACUUGGGGACAGCACCAUUCUGGGGAGACACUGAAACUCAUCUCGGUGCCCUGAAGAACCAUGAUGCCAGGACAAGCUGGAGGGCAAGUACCUCCUUCUGCACCUACCAAGCAGGGACAGGAUGGACUGGAGAAUCUAGGUGGCAAGCUGGGAAUUCUCCAGGUCUCAUGGGGACUCCUAUGACAGCAAGAGCCCACUGGACAAGGAGGGUGGUGGAAGCCGUGAAGAUGGGGUGGGGGCUAGCCCCUGGCUCUCACUGGUCCAAGUUUUGUGUAAUUUUCAAUUGUGCUGGCAAGAACUGA